UCCUAGUCGCCGGAAGUGUGCGCGCGGGGUGCUUCUAGUCGCCGAGCUGCACACUACCGAUUCUUGGACUGUGUGAGCGUCCCUGGCCAAGUCUAGCCUGACCCUUAAAGUUGGCUGUGAAGACCAGAGGGCUCUACGUCUCCGAAGAAUGCCUUGAACGCUCCAUUUCUCCCUGGAAACGGUUUCCGUACAGCAACAUGGCGGCGCCUGUGUACCCUUAGAACAAGAGAAAUGGCCUUUGCCGGCAGAGGGAUGACUUUCAUGACUCUCUUUAAAUGGAUGCUAUUUUCAUGGACUCAGUGACUUCCUUUCUUGGAGGAUGUGGACCCAGUGGCCAGACACAAGGACCAAAGCAGUGAAGUUACGGAGGUUCCAUGAAGACAGCGGGAGGGUCAGAUUGGGGUUUCAGCUCGAAAUACAGGACCUUAAUUAAGUACUUGAUCUUCGCAGUUGAGUUUUACUUCCGAUUUCUAAUUCCCAGACUUUUUCAUAAGGGGAACAAUGUCUGUGGUACAUCAGUUGUCCCCUGGGUGGUUACUGGAUCAUCUUUCUUUCAUUAACAAGAUAAACUAUAGAGUUCAUCAGCCUCAGGAGCCUUGCUGCAGGAAAAAUGAGUCCACUUCUGUCGGCUUUGAUUCUCCUCGGAUGGAUUCUAAGUCUUCCUUCGGAUCCUCUGCUACCUUUGUUGUUUGUGACUCUACCACUAAGCCAGGGAAUAAGGAUGGAGGAAAUUGUGGAAUGUUCACUCAGAAAUACGCUUUUCGAUCUGAACUGUUUCAUGUCACCAAACCGUAUAUAACUGCAGCUGUUCAUGGAGAAGGCCAGCAAAGGAGUGAGAGAGAAGAUGCAGCGAAUGGUGUUAAAAAAGAAACUGCCACUUCUAUUACUGGGAAGAGAUGGAACUCGGGCCCUUGCACUUGCGAGGCAGGCACUGGAACCACUGAGCUAAAUCCGGAGGCCCAGAAGUUAGAUAUUUUUGAAACGUUUCCAGCGAUAAAUAGAAAGAAGCGUAAGAAAUGUGUGGUUUUCAAUCAAGGAGAAUUGGAUGCUAUGGAAUACCAUACAAAGAUCAGAGAACAGAUUUUGGAUGGAUCCUUACGGUUAAUCCAAGAAGGCCUCAAAAGUGGGUUUCUUUACCAGCUUUUUGAAAAGCAGGACCAGCGGAGCGAGCCCACCUCUUUACCGCCGGAUGCCUGCAGCCUGCCGGGAUUGUGUGAGCUGGCAAAGCGUUCGCAGGCUCUGGGUGAGGUGGAGCUUCCCACGCUGCGGCUCAGGGAAGAGGAUUUGUCCGUGGCAGAGCAGGACUUACUGUCACGAGUUGUUGAAAAUGACUCCAGCUUUUCAAAAAUGAUUACUUUAAUGGGACAGAAGUACUUGCUACCACCAAAAAGCAGUUUUCUUUUGUCUGAUAUUUCUUGUAUGCAACCACUUCUGAACUGCAGGAAAACAUUUGAUGCAAUUGUGAUAGAUCCACCGUGGCAGAACAAAUCAGUCAAAAGAAGUAACAGGUACAGUUAUUUAUCGCCGCUGCAGAUACAGCAGGUCCCCAUCCCUCAGCUGGCUGCCCCCGACUGCCUUGUUGUUACCUGGGUGACCAACAGACAGAAGCACCUGCGCUUUGUGAAGGACGAGCUUUACCCUUCUUGGUCUGUGGCAGCGCUGGCCGAAUGGCACUGGGUGAAAAUUACCAAGACGGGAGAGUUUGUGUUCCCUUUAGAUUCUCCACACAAAAAGCCCUAUGAAGGUCUUAUACUGGGAAGAGUUCAAGAGAAAAACACUCUGCCAUUAAGGAGCACAGAUGCAGAAGUGCCCCCGAUUCCAGACCAUAAAUUAAUUGUCAGCGUGCCCUGUGCUGUUCACUCGCAUAAGCCGCCUCUUGCUGAGGUUCUAAAAGACUACAUCAAGCCAGGUGGGGAAUGUUUGGAAUUGUUUGCUCGAAAUUUACAGCCAGGCUGGACCAGUUGGGGCAAUGAAGUUCUGAAAUUUCAGCACAUGGACUAUUUUGUUGCUCUGGAGUCUGGAUGCUGACUGUGAACUGAAAGUCGUCCCUCUGCAGUGUUUCCUCGGCCCUUCUCUCUUCAUCCUUGCACGUCUUUACUUUUCUUACCAAUAGGAUCUGGGUUCCCCGUAGGGGUCAAAAACACCCACCCUUUGUGUAAUUUGGAGAUGGACUUUACUUCCGUGGCCCUGAUACCCAUGUUAUUCUGGACCACAGGCAAAGAGGUAAGCAGUUGGAGCACAAGUCCAGUUGUGCUGUUGAUAGGGUUCUGAAUCAUAGACUGAACCACAGGUCAUAAUCCUGCCCAGGCCCGUGUUUUGUUUAGUCCAAACAAACAAAAACUUGGAAGAUUUCAUGUCAGAGGCCAGAUUUGUGCUUCUCUUUGGACAUCAGAAGCUGUCAGUAUAGUAAGGCCAAGCUUUUUCCUGCCAUCAGAUACCCGUGCAGCCAGGUGGCAGUGGCUGACUCCUGCCAGUCUCUGGUUACCACAGGGCCACAUCCUCCAUUCCAUCUGUAAAGUUCUGGUGGAUUAGAUACUUUUUUUUUUCGGUACUGGGGAUCAAACUCGGGACCUUGCGCUUGCAAGGCAGGCACUGAAACCACUGAGCUAAAUCCCCAGCCCCGUCCUAUAAAGCUCUGGAGAAGGUAUCCAGUGGCUCCAGGUACCACCUCCCUGUGGGGAGGCUAUGCACCUGCUUUGGAGAAUUUUAAAUUGCACUCAAAAUUACUUUUCAAGUACUUCUUGGUUUUGCUGGUUUUUCUAGAGGACAAUUAAGCUAUUUCUUAGAAACACUGCUUAGAAAAAGUAUUUUAUGUUAUCUGUAGAUUUUCUACAAAUAAGUAUUUUUCUACUGAGUUAAAUUUUUUUUUUUUGUGAUACUGGGGAUGGAACCCAGACCUUGCUCUGAAUAAACUAUUUUGACUGAAAUGAUAUUUAGAAAAGCAUGCUGAUUUAUUACAUUCGAUCUUUUUAAAAUGUUGAUGUAGAGUUUUACAUAAUGCCAUUUUCCAGUUUGCAGUAUAGCGUUUAGGAGUUUUGACAACAUGCACAGUUGUCUGCCUACCGCCAGAAUCGUGACAGAAAACACCCUGUCUCCUCCUAACCUCUCGUGUGGCCCUGUGUAGUCAGCCUCUGCUCUCAUCCCAGGCCUGACAGAUGGUGAUUCACUUUCUAUCACGAAUUUUGCUUUAUUUAGAAUUUCAUAUAAAUUGAAUCACACUAUGUUUUGUCUAUCUUUUUUUACUUAGUAACUUUACAAAAAUGUAUUGUUAACAAAUUGCCC